AUGUGCAUCGCCAUCAUAUCUACAGCCCACCCUAAGUAUCGGCUGAUAUUGCUCGACAACCGUGAUGAAUUUCUCAACAGGCCUACAUCGACAGCAUCGUUCUGGCCUUCCUUUCCGGACGUAUUUGGGUCAAGAGAUCUAUUGAGAUCGACGCAAGGCACAUGGCUAGGGGCAACGAGGUCGGGCAAAGUGGCAGUGCUUACAAACUAUAAAGAAGACUAUGUUGACCCCAAAGCCACGUCGCGUGGAGCUAUUAUAAAGAAGUUUCUAACCGAAGACGUGGGCAGCACCGACGAAUUUGUCAAGAACAUCGUCAACACGGGUGUCGCAAAAGACGCCGGUGGCUUCAGUCUGGUCUGUGGACAGCUAGGCGAGCAGCUUGCCGUCAUCUCCAACCGAGCAAAGGCAGGCGGCGAGGUGCCAUGGAUCGCAGGUGAUAUUGUGCAAACUGUGGGUCUCAGCAAUGCUGCCUUCACUGAUCGCACGUGGAAGAAGGUCCUCAUGGGCGAGGAAAUGACUGUCGAGGCAAUCAGGAAAAGCGUGGCCAAGAAAGAAACCGAGGACCAGCUUAUCAAGCGAUUGCUUACAAUACUGAGCCACGAUACCCUUCCUCGUGAUGGGGACCUGGCUGAAGGCGGGCUUGAUACCUAUAUUACAGAGCUGCGCAAUACCAUAUUCGUGCCACCGCUAGGAAGGAAGAGCAAAGCGAGCCUCGACGGAGACAAACUACGUUCGGCGAAUGAUCAGGAGAAGGUGAAAGUCGUGGAUGGGCAGUCCAAGUUCGACAUCAAACAGUUGGGAGUGGACGGCAUCUACGCAACCCAGAAACAGAGUGUGGUGUUGGUCGACCAUGACAUGAAUGUGCGCUUCUUUGAGAGGACGUUGUGGGAUCAUAAUUCAGAGAAGGUCGAGCUUGGAAAAGGAGAUGUCGAUGUGACGUUCAAGCUAGUACCUACCUAG